AUGUCUCGAUGUUGGCACCAAUCGCGCACGUACCGCGUGCUGGCAAUCGAGACUUCGUGCGACGACGCGUGUGUGGCGCUGCUUGACAGGUUUGAUCCCGCACGGCCGCCCCGUGUCGUCGAGGAGAGCAAGCACACGCUGGACUCUGCGCACGCCGGCGGAGUGAUCCCCACGGACGCUGCAGUACACAACAGGACGCAGGUGGCGGUGCUCACGAGCGAGCUGCUUGCCAAGCAUGGCUGGACUGGCCUGGAUCGGCCGGAUCUCGUCUGCGCGACCCGUGGCCCCGGCAUGGUGGGCUCGCUCGUCGGCGGCUACCAGCUGGCCCAGGGGCUCAGCAUCGCGUGGAAUGUGCCGCUCGUCGGCGUCCACCAUAUGCUGGGCCACCUGCUGACGCCGCGACUCGCAUCGAACGGGCAGGAACCGCAGUUCCCGUUCCUCAGCCUCAUGGCUAGCGGCGGCCACACAAUGUGCGUGCUGAGCCGCAGUCUGGUGGACCACGAGAUCCUCGUCGACACGAUUGACAUUGCUGCGGGCGAUGCGCUCGACAAGUGCGGCCGUGAGCUGGGAUUUCGCGGUAAUAUGAUCGGCAAGGAGCUCGCAGCGUUUUUGGAGCAGCACAGCCGGGAAUGGGGCCAGCCAGUCGACUUCGACAUCAAAGAGCCCUUGCUCAAUGUCCCUGGCCGCAAAGACAUGCUGGCGUACUCGUUCGGCUCGUUUAUCUCGCAGGUGCGCACCAAUAUGUCGAAGUACUAUCCCGACGGGACGCUGACGGACGCCCAAAAAGCCCGCGCAGGGUACCGUCUUGCGCAGACGGUGUUCCGGCACAUGGUGGCCAAAAUCAAGCUCGCGAUGCGGCUCCGAAACAUUCAGGUCGAUAGCUUUGUGUGCUCGGGCGGAGUCGCGGCAAACACGAUGCUGCGAACCAUGCUUCGCGCCGAGCUGCCGGAAAUUAAGCACUUCCACUUCCCAGAGCCACGGCUGUGCACCGACAACGCUACGAUGAUUGGCUGGGCAGGCAUAGAGUUGUACGAAAGCGGCGUGAGGACGCCAAUCGGGAAAAGCGUCGUGCGCAAGUGGCCUCUGUGCGAGCUGGACGAGUACAAAGUCUAGUUGUGUCUAU